AUGGAGUGUGCGAUUUCUCCUCUUAGGUCUGCCUUGGAACUUAUUCGAAGAGAUGGUGCUCUUGAUGACAAAGACAUCCUACUUCGGCUCCCUAAAUAUAGACUGCGCGAAAUGAUUUUGGCACCAAUACAGGUGUCUUUGGAAUCAUCCAACAGUAGACUAAACUAUGCUGCUAUGGCGUUUGUUGAUUCUGAUAAUUUAUAUGAUGAAUUUGAGGAUCCCAUCAAAGACACGGACUUGACAUAUCAGCUCCUUGAUACCAUUUCUCCAUGCACGAUCUUCAGUGAUACUACUCAGGCUUUUUUUCUUAAGGCUGGUAAACCGAAUCCGGUGAUCAUGCCGAAGUCCGUCUACGCUAUUCUUUGUUAUGAAAGCUCUUGUGAAUCUGUUUUAUCUGAACCGCAUCUGCAGAUUUUGGGUGUUCUCAAAUGCCUUAUCGAAGCAAUUGUGCCGGACAAUGUGCCUACGCAAAAUACAAUGAUUAUACCUAUGUACCUUCAGGCUAUUGCAACCACUAUAUCUCUCCUUCCCGUCUCCUUGAUUAGACAUAGAGUGUUUUUAAAUAUUCUCUGGCAACGCGUUUGUCCCAUGCUUAUGUGGUUUUUGAGCAAUCCGAAGCAAGAAAAGAACAUCAUUUCAACAUCAGAUUUGCUGUUGACGAUAGAAAGUGAAGUUGAUCGUCAGACCCAUGGGACAGCCAGCUCUAUAGCCCCUCCAAUUCUUUGGCCGGAGGGAUUAAAGAUAGUUUAUGACAUUGUAAUCGACCUGGCUUUCUUGGUGGGGCCAAUUUUUGAGCUUAGGCCUAUGUUGGAAUCUCUUUUUCAUAAGAUGCUCCUCUACCCACCACCUGCUUACCGUCAGCAUGCUCUCCGGGCUGUAUGCGGUCUUUUAAGCACAACUGAGGGACUUCUCUGCAUUACUGGGCCACUUAUUUCUGUUCCCAUGCUUUCAAACAGCAACGGCGUUAAAACUUUGUUCAAAUGCGGCGAACUGCAGGUAUCAGAUCUUCGAAUUUUCGACAUUAUUCUGGAGUCUGUCCACGCUUGUUCAAUGACCAAGGAUCAGGCUCUAGUCUGUACCAGCGCCAAAUGCGUGAGCCUCAUUUCACAUUCCCUCUCUGCCCUUAUUAAAUGUGAGGGUCUAUGCGAGGCUCUUGUUCAAAUGAUUGAGUCUCAGUUGAAACCAAUAGAUGAAUGCCUUAUUGCAUAUGAUCACGGUCAGGAGGUGUCGAAUGGAAGUGAAAUCCUCAAUACGAAUCUACCUCGCACGUUGGAAGUGGAUCGAUGGGCUGCUCAUGAUUACCUUCUGUCCCUUAUGAAGAUCAUUCCUAAUCUUCUGGAAGCUCGGUCGAUAAUGGAAGUUGACAACCUCCUUUUGGAGUUCAGCUCUGAUUAUUGUAAAGAGCGGCGAUUGAAUGUGGCUGACAGUGUGGUUUGUUCCGUGGACUUCACUGAUCGUGUUGACGACGUACACUUGUUAGACAUUGACAGCACCCUUCUUAACGCUGACGCUGUUUAUGCUACAACUAUCGGAGCACUGGCACUGAACUACCGCCUUCUCCAGGCUGGCUUCUAUUCUAACCAGUACAAGGCCGAGGUAGUGGUCAUGUCUGAGACCGAAUUUUUGGACUCCAUUCUCGGGACGGGUCUCAUGCUCUACAUCUCAGAGACGUGGCUGUCGCAGGUCUAUCGGGGAAUUCGACAUCAGGAUCUUCUGAGUGCCUGCGGCCUGGAUCUCAUACUUCUUCGCGGGUCUAUCAACAAAACUAAUGGUGCAGAUUUUCGAGGUGCAUGUCUCAUUGAAAUGCUCGUCGCGUAUGAUGGGAUAGAUUGGACCUACGACAAGGCCAUUGGAUCUGAUGACAGCAGUAGCAGAUAUACGGGAAGGGAGGGUGUGGACAAGGCGCUGGACGCGGAGAAGAUGCGGCUACGGGUAGGUGAGGCUCUGGUCUCGCAUAUCCUUUCGGCAGGAUGGCAGCGCAUUGUUGAAACUCUCGCCAACACAGUAGCUUUUGUUGGCAUCCGUGUGGAUAAAGCCCCUUCCGGCGUUUCUGCUUUCUCCUUCACCUCCCCCCGUCCCUCUACCGCCUGCGCCGAUAGGCACCUUCUCUGUGUUGGGAAAGCCACCGGCGUCUUUUGA